AUGCUUUUUGGGAAAAAUACACUUAGUAGAGCUGGGCUUAAGCAUAGAAUGGAGCAGCCAACACCAGAACAAGAGGAUUAUGAAAAGCGAAAAGACAAGUGGUUUCCGCUAGAAGGAAUCAAAGAGCUUAUUCAUAAUAUUAAAGGGAAUGUAGGCUUGAUUUUCUGUAAAGGAGGAAUGGACAAAAUCCUUGAAAUUAUUGAAACUUCGACCACGCCAGCCGAAGCCAAAGCAGGGACUGUUUCACCUUGUACCGUAUCUGUCCCGCCAGGACCUACCGGUAUGGAUCCUUCACAGACUGCUUUUUUCCAAGAUUUAGGGAUUUCAACUUAA